GCCAUGCCUUUCCCUGGGCUGCCGCUCUGCCUCUGCCUCCUGGCCCUCCUCUCCGCCUCGUCCUCAUCCUCUUCUCCUCCCGCGACGGUGCCGGGCCAGGUCUUCUUCCACCUGCGCCUCUCCGUGGACGAGGGCCUUCCCGCGGAGACUCUGGUGGGCGACCUGAGCGCGGGCCUCCCCGCCGGCGCCUCCCACCCGGGCGGCUUCUUCCUCUCGGAGGCGCGGGAUGAUUCCGCGUUGCUCUCGGACUUCCACGUGCGGACGGACACGGGCUUGAUCCGCACGGCGCGUCCGCUGGACCGGGAGAAGCGGGCGCGGUACAGCUUCGCCGCGGCCACGUUGCGCGGGGAGGUGGUGCAGGUGGAGAUCGCCGUGGAGGACGUCAACGACCACGCGCCUCGCUUCCCUUCCUCCGAGGCCAAGCUCGACGCCUCCGAGCUCAGCCCGCUUGGGAGCGUCUUCCGGAUCCCCGCCGCGCAGGACCCGGAUGACGGGCCUUUCAGCGUCCAGGGCUACUCCUUGUUGCCUUGGGAGGAAGACGUCGUCGAUGAUGAAGGUCCCUUUUUCCAACUGAGUUACUCCAUCCCUUCGGAAGCCUUGGAUCUCGUCCUCCUUCGCCGCCUGGAUCGGGAGAAAGUCGAAACGCACCGGUUUCUAAUCGAGGCUUGGGAUGCGGGCAGCCCUCGGCUCAGCGGGCAACUCCGGGUCCAAAUCCACGUCCUGGACGAGAACGAUAACGCCCCCGCUUUCGGCCAAAGCGAAUACAGAGUCCGAGUGAGAGAAGACGCGGCUGUCGGAAGUUCCUUAUGCCAACUUGUGGCCACGGAUCCCGAUUCCGGCUCCAACGGAGAGGUACGUUACAGCCUCAGCCGCCGGCAAGGAGACUCCUCCGCGGCCUCCUUCUUCGCCGUCGAGGAAGACACGGGUUUGCUCCGCUUGAAGCGCGCGCUGGACAGGGAGUCGCGCACGUCGCAUCGGGUGGCCGUGGAAGCCCGCGACGGAGGGGCCCAGCCGGAAAUCGCCACCGCUUUGGUGGCUCUGGAGGUCCUCGACGUCAAUGACAACGCGCCCGAGAUCCACGUGCUCUUCCUCGCGGAAGCCGGGGAUUCCGUUUCCGAAGGGGCCAAAAUAGGAGACUACGUGGCUCGGUUCUCCGUCUCCGAUGCAGACGAAGCGGAAAACGUGUCUUUAAGCCUCCAAGGCGGAGAAGGAGCCUUUUCUCUGCGUCCUUCCAGCGCAAGCGUGUUUUUUCUCUGCGUGGAAGGGCCCCUCGAUAGAGAGCGGCGUCCCAACUACGAGCUGCUCCUCUCCGCCCUCGAUUCGGGUUCGCCGCCUCUUUCCACGACGCUCCCGCUUCUGAUCCGCGUCUCCGACCUCAACGACGAGACGCCCGCUUUCCCGCAGCCGCUCUUCCGCGCCUCCGUCUCCGAAGCCGCCUCGCCGGGGACUGUGGUACUCCGCCUCAGCGCCCACGACGCCGACGAGCCCGGCUCCCGCAACGCCGACGUGCGCUACGUCUUGGAGGAGCCCGCUCCCGCCCUCUUCCGCUUAGACCCCGUCAGCGGGGCCCUCAGCACGCGUGCUGCCCUCGACCGCGAGGCCCACCACGAGGCCUUGGAGCUGCGCGUCUGGGCCACGGACCGCGGGGAGCCGCCGCUCUCGGCCUCCUGCCUCGUCCAGCUCCGCCUGGAGGACGCCAACGACAACGAGCCCCGCUUCCAGCGCAGCUUCUACAACGGCAGCAUCGCCGAGCACGCCCCGCUUGGCAGGUGCCUCCUCCAGGUGAAAGCUACAGACAGAGAUUCGGGUCUUUUUGGCCAGAUUGAGUACUCUCUUUAUGAUAGCUUCCACAGCUAUGAGAAAUCCAGAGCAUUCCAGAUUAAUGCGAGCAGCGGCCAUAUAUGUGUGUCUCGGGACAUUGACAGGGAACAGGAUCCAUCUGCUUAUGAUCUCUUGGUGAAAGCAACAGAUGGGGGUGGAUUAAGUGCCCAAGCUUUUGUUCGCAUAGAGAUAGAAGACAUCAAUGACAAUCACCCUGUCUUCCACCCAUCAACUUACAUUGCAAGUAUCAGCAGCCAUACACAGCCAGGAACAGAAAUCAUCAACGUUGUGGCUACAGACAAGGAUUCUGGGAUAUAUGGAGUCGUGACUUACGAACUGGUACCAGGGGAUCUCUCUUCUCUCUUCACAGUAGAUCCUUCCACAGGAAUUGUUUAUCUGCUAUCAUCUCUCACUCAUGUGGAGCAUUCCAGUGUGCAGUUGACUGUUUCUGCACGGGAUGGCGGUGGUCUUUGGUCUGCUCUGAAUGCAGUUGUGACACUAAAGAUCCUCCACAGUACCGUGGCGCCUGCUGUCUUUGAGAAAUCACGUUACACCUUUUCCAUCCCCGAAGAUGCCCCUGAAGGAAGUGCUGUUGGGACAGUGAAAGCCAGGGAACCUUUGAAUUUCUUGGAAAUGAUUACCUACAGAAUUUCCUCUGGCGAUCCCUAUGGAAAGUUCACUAUUGAUCCACAGUAUGGAAUCAUCCGCACUAAGAAAAAGCUUGACCAUGAAACCCACGAUCAUACAGUUCUUACAGUGCAGUCACAGCUGGGAAGCUCACCAGUUUAUAGCACUACCCAGGUCAAUGUAACUGUGAUUGAUGUCAAUGACAACCCUCCCGUCUUUGGGAUGGAGCACGAUCAGAUAAAUAUAUCACGAAACACAGUACCUGGCACAGCUCUUUACAUAGCUCAUGCAGAAGACAAAGACAGUGGACGAAAUGGGGCUAUCCACUACUCUAUUGUAAGCAAUACGUCCAGUGUGUUUACCAUUGAUCCAGUGUUCGGCGUCCUUUAUCUUGCUAAAGCUCUGGCUGCAGACUUGCAGCUUGAGCACACAGAGGCACACAUUAAAGCAGAGGAUCAUGGAAGUCCUCCCCUGAGUUCUCUGUUGAUCCUACGAGUAUUCAUUGAUGAACGAAAGGGACGUCCUGCAUUCAGUUUUGAAAAUUUGGUCUAUCAGGUGGACGUUAGUGAAUUAUCUUCAAUUGGGACUAGAAUUCUACAAAUACAGGCCCGGAAGCUAGAUCCUCAGCAUAUCCUUGAGGAUGUUGUUUACUCCCUGGAGCAAAACAUAGAUUCUGUGUCAUUUAGAAUUGAUCCUGAAACAGGUGUGAUUUCCCUACGGCAUCCCUUAGACUAUGAAAACAUGCAGUCACAUAAUUUCAAAGCCUUUGUUACUCACCCACUUGAUAGGUCAGGACAAAAUUCGAGUACCUCAGUAAUAAUCAGUGUUGUUGAUGAAAAUGACAACUCUCCUGUGUUCAUGCAUGGUGACUAUUUUUUUGAAAUUGAGGAAAGUCCAUUUCCCCAAGGUGUUGUCGGUACAAUUUCGGCGGUGGACAAGGACUCUGGAAGAAAUGGGCAGCUCUCCUAUUUCCUGUUAUCCGAUGGAAAAUAUUUCAAAAUUAAUUCCAAUACAGGUGAAAUUAUAAACUGGGUUGCAUUAGACCAUGAGCAGGAAGCUCACCAUCAUCUGAUUGCUCUGGUGACUGACCAUGGAGUACCUCCACGUAAUUCAACUGUAAAUGCUUAUAUCACAGUGACCGACCUAAAUGACAACCACCCGUCUUUUCCCCAGAUUCCACUGCAUAUCAAGAUUUUGGAAGGGCAACCAGCAGGAACACUUGUUGGCACCAUAAUUGCAAAAGACCUUGAUUUUGGAAACAAUGGGAGAGUGCUAUACUCAUUGUCUGCAGGGGAAAGCUUGGGUCACUUUAAGAUUGACAGCAGCAGUGGUGAGUUAAGAACCACCGAAGCUCUCUUGUACAGUUGGCAUUCAAACUACAAAAUGGUUGUCACUGCUGUUGAUCAGGGAAUCCCUCCACUUCAAGGACAGACAGCCAUCAGUGUUGAGGUAAUCCCACUUCCUAAAGGAAGAAGACCUUUCACCCCAAACAUCAGACAUUUUGUUGUACCUGAAAAUUUAAGACCUGCUCAAAUGCUAAGCUCUCUGAGACUGCCUAGUCAGAAUCCGUAUUCCAGCAAAAAACAACAUUUCACCAUCUUUGAAGAAGAUUACAGUAUUCCAUUUGAAAUUGACAGUACUACCGGGGAUCUAUUUCUAUCCAAAGAACUUGAUUAUGAAACACAAUCUCACUACUUCUUUAGAGUUGUUGUCAAUGAUUAUCCGCACAGACCUCCGCAGAAUAAUACUGUUUUUCUCAGUAUUGAUGUUGAAGAUCAAAAUGACCACUCACCCUCUUUCCAGAAUGACUUUGUUGUAAUUGGGAUAGAAGAAAAUGUGCCCGUUGGUACUUUGGUGUAUACCUUUCAUGCAAGAGAUGAUGAUGCCAGCUUUUUAAACAGUAAACUUCAGUAUUCUAUGCACAUGGAAGACUUCACUGAAAAUCCAUUUCUCAUCCAUCCUUCUUAUGGUAGCUUAAUUACAGCAGUUCCCCUUGACCGAGAGAUCACACAGUCUAUUGUCUUGACAGUAUUUGCAGUAGAUCAGGCUGUAAAUUUGACUGAUCGCAGGCAGAGUUCCCUGACAGCAAAAAUUGUCAUUUUAGAUGUCAACGACAACAGUCCUCGUUUUGUUUCAUCUCCUGUUUCUUACAUUAGAGAGGAUGCAGAAGUGGGCUCAUUUGUGCAUCACAUAAUUGCCCAGGAUCCAGACCAAGGAAGGAAUGGGCAGGUCACAUACCAUCUUCUAGCCAACAGUAAAUGCCAGGGAUUUGCUAUUGAUAAAAACACAGGAUUGCUAGUGACCAUCUUUGCUUUGAAUCGUGAAUACCAAGAAUAUUACAAUUUGACAGUUGUUGCUAUUGAUGAUGGUACUCCAGCACUAUCUGCAACUCAGAGUCUGACAGUAAUUGUCCUUGAUGUAAAUGAUGAGCCACCAGUGUUUACAAAAGCUGUAUAUGAAGCAUCUAUCUGUGAAAAUACAGAUCCAGGAGGAGUUAUUAUUAAAGUUGAAGCCACAGAUAAAGAUUCAGGAAUCAACUCCCUGCUUCAAUAUGAAAUUUUGCCUGGACCUGGAUAUGAGAAUUUUCAAAUAAAUUCAAAGACUGGGGAGAUUACAGCAGCCAUUGCUUUUGACAGGGAGACUCAAGAGUUAUUUACUAUUAAAGUGCUGGUCCAAGACAGUGGAACUCCCAUUUUAUCCAGUAUCACAUCUGUCGUCUUUAGAGUACUGGAUGAAAAUGACCAUACACCCAAGUUUCUCCUUCCAAACUAUGACAUCCAAAUUAUGGAAAACCAAAAGCCUUCAACUGUUGCUACAAUGUUGGCUGUGGAUAAAGAUGCUUCUAAUAAUGGAACUGUGCAAUACCGAAUUAUUGGUGGAAAUGUUAGAGGCUACUUUGCAGUGCAUGAGACAUCAGGAGAUAUCUUUACCACUUCCAGUUUAGACAGAGAGAAUGACAGCAAUUUCACCUUGAUUAUUGAAUGCAUUGACCUGGGCAUUCCCCCAAGGACCUCUGUCACCCAGCUUCAGAUCACAGUCCUGGAUGAAAAUGACAACAGCCCCUUGUUUUUGAAGGACCAUUAUCAUAUAAGUGUCAGCGAAGAUAUUGGGGAAGGGUCAACCAUUCUUGAAUUGCUGGCAAUGGAUGCAGAUGAGGGUCCAAAUGGAGAAGUCACUUACUCUCUUCUUGAUGGCACCUUUGGUUCAUUUGCUAUUGACAGAGUUACUGGAUCCAUCAUUACUACUAAACCACUGGACCGAGAAAGAAAAGCUCAAUACAUACUUAAGGCUGUCGCAACAGACUCUAGUAUCCUGGGACCAAGGAGCACAAGUGUUAAUGUCGUUGUGCAUAUUGAUGAUGUCAAUGACAACAGCCCUUUUUUCCUACAAAAUCCUAUCAAAUUAUACAUUUCCACUCAAACACCCAUAAAUCAUACGAUAGUAACUGUGAGAGCCAGCGAUAUAGACCUUGGAUUAAACGGGGCUACAAUUUUUAUGUUUGCGACACCGGAAGCUAUGUUUGAGCUGGAUCCAAAAACAGGAGAUAUCUCUCUGCAAAAACAUGUACUUCGUGAAGGUUUUAUUACCCACUUCUUAAUCACAGCUUCAGAUCAAGGUGUCCCAGCAAGAACAGCUACCACACUUUUGUCUGUUCAUUCUGAAGGACAAAGAGAGACGAUUGCAUUCAGUCAUGCCCAGUACGAAGUAACGGUACCCGAGAAUAGCAAAAAAGGAACGUCUGUUUUCACUGUAACUGCUUAUGACUAUAGUUUGAUGGGAAAGAAUUUAAAGUACCAAAUCAUCAGUGAACAUGAAGAUAUUUUCUCCAUCCAUCCCAUCAUGGGUGAAAUCACAGUGAAAAAAGCUGAAUUUCUUGAUUAUGAAGUCAGGAAAAAAGUGCAUUUUGUGGUGAUAGCAGAAAAUGGCUUAACUUCAGCAGCAUGUGGGGUGACAGUCUUGAUAGAGGAUGUGAAUGAUAAUACACCUCAGUUUGACCAAAACCAUUUCAUAACAUCCGUUUGGGAAGGUCAGGCUUACAACACAUACGUCAUGCAGAUCUAUGCAACAGACUCUGACAAUGGACUCAACAGAGAGAUUGAAUAUUCAAUUUUAUCUGGUAACACAAAUGAAGCAUUUGUCAUCGAUUCAGCACAGGGAGUUAUCUCAACAAAUACGAUACUAGAUCGAGAAGACGUUUCAUCAUAUAGGUUGGUUGUGCAAGUUGCUGACAGAGGAACUCCCAGAUUAUCGUCUUCAUGCACCGUGGAAAUUCAAGUGGUGGACAUCAAUGACAAUGUCCCAAUUCUCCAUCCAUUAGGUGUUGUUGAACUCCCUGAAAAUGCUCCACUCGGAUUCUUAGUGACACAAAUAUUGGCAGAGGAUGCAGAUCUGGGCCCCCCUCUUCACUACAGCUUUGCCGAGGAUGGCAAUCCUGGAAUGAAAUUUGCAGUUGACCAACACAAAGGAAUCGUCAUGUUGGUGAAUCCAUUAGACUUUGAAGAAAACCUUCAGCUCGAAUUGUUGAUCACUGUUUCAGACUCUGUCCAUCAAACCACGGAACAACUGCUAAUCCUUCUAUCUGAUGUCAAUGACAAUCCACCAGUAUUUACUCAGGAUAUAUAUCAGGUGUUAAUUCCAGAGCUAAGGUCUAUAGAUGACUCCAUCUUGACUGUGUGCGCCACGGAUAGAGAUUCAGAACACAAUGGAAAAAUAUCCUACAACAUUAUUUCUCCUUCUGAUCAUUUUUUCCUUGAUCCACACAAUGGGACACUGUUCCUUGUUAAGCCAUUGCUGUACCAGGACAAGAAUCCUAUUAUUCGGCUCUUCAUAGAAGCCAGGGACAAUGGGAAUCCACCUUUGACUGCUGUUACAUUGGUGGUCAUACAGAUACAGGAUGUGAAUAAUUAUACUCCUCAGUUUACAGUGUCAACGUAUGAACUCAGCAUAAAUGAAAAUGCCUCUCUUGGAGAGAAGCUUUUCACAUUUUCAGCCAUUGAUUAUGAUAGAACACAUCAGAAUACCUAUGUUGAAUAUUCGAUUAUUGGUGGUAACAGCAGUAAUAUCUUCAGUGUGGAAAACUGUGUCCUUGGGCCAGAAUCUCCAGAUAAAGUGAUUGGAAAUCUUGUUUUGAGAAAUUCACUGGACCGAGAAAGAAGCUCGUUUCAUCAAUUGUUAAUUCUUGCAUCUGAUCAUGGAACUCCUCCUCUAAAUGCCACUGCUACAGUAUUAAUCACUGUAUUGGAUACUAAUGAUAACCCCCCUGUAUUUACUAGUUUGGAAUAUCAUGUUCAUGUCAAAGAAGAUUUUCCAGUAGGCAGUCCUAUCAUUUCGGUUUCAGCAAGUGAUUAUGAUUCUGGAUCCAAUGCAGCUAUCACUUACAAUAUAAUGUCUGGAAAUGAUAAUGGACACUUUCAGUUGGAAGAGAAAACUGGCUCCCUUCACCUUGUCAGAGCUCUGGAUUAUGAAGAGACGGUGGAAUUCACUUUGACAGUUCAAGCUUCUGAUGGAGGAGUUGGUGUAAAAAAUGUGGCAUUUGCUGUUGUUUUUUUUAGCAUCCUCGAUGUCAAUGAUUACGCCCCAUUAUUUGUUUUUCCAACUCUGGACUGUGGAGUAUCUGAAAAUCUGCCUCCUUUUUCUCCAGUGUGCACAAUUUCUGCAUUAGAUUUUGAUACUGGGCCGAAUGGUCACCUUUCAUACUCCAUCCAGUCGUCAUGUUUACCUGAUCAUGGACAUCAUGGAGAUCAAGACAUGUUUUUCAUGGAUCCUCUGAAGGGGGAGAUCUGUACCAAACACACACUUGACUUUGAACAUCAGAAUAAAUAUUGUUUCAUAGCUCAGGCAAAAGACAAAAGUGAUUUGACAGCCACAAUUAUGGUUCAAGUGAAUGUCAAAGGUGCCGAUGAAUUUGACCCCGUUUUUAGCCAAGAUCAGUAUUUUUUUGGUUUUCCUGAAAAGAAUGAAGCAGGCCAGUUGGUUGGCAAGGUGACAGCAUCAGACUAUGAUGGAGGAUUAGAUGGUGCAAUUCUCUACACUUUGAUAAAACCAUCAGCCUUCUUUCUUGUGAACCAUAGCAGUGGGUCUGUCUAUUUGACUAGAUCUUUUCAUCGAAAAAGAAAAAGCAUAAAGAAAACAGGUGAAACUCUUGAACUGCUCAUAAAAGCUCAUAGUCCAAAACUGAACUCCAGAUCCAGCACAUGCACUGUGUUGGUGAACAUUUCUAAUACUCCAGAGAGCUUUUCCAUGUUGCCAGCACACACCGUUUCUGUCAGCAUUGCUGUCUCUACUGUAACAUUCUUGCUACUGGCAAUUAUCCUUGCAGUACUUAUUGUUAGAUGUAGACAGAAAGAUACAGUAAAUAUAAGUGUGAAGAAAGAGGUGCUGUGUCCCUCGGCUGGAAACUUGAACUUGGACAGUGACAAGAAUACUCCUAAAGAUGCCCAUAUAUCCCAGAUCCAUGAGACCAGUACCCUCCCCACAGGGAACAUAGCUGAGUGGCUUAGUUUGGUUGGCAUCAGAGAAAGAAGGGACAUUGGCAAUCCUUGUAGACAUUCAGACUCUAGUGGUCAUGGCUCUGCAGAAGGAGAAACUGCAGAAGAUGAGGAGAUAAAAAGGAUUAAUGAACAUCCUUGCAGGAAAGGUUCUGGAUCGGUUAUAAGUGACCGAGGCUCACGGAUACCCGACUCAGGGAUCCCUAGAGACUCUGACCAGCUUUCAUGCCAGUCUGGAGAAACGGAUGUAGUGGUGGUUUCCCAAAGUGUAGAAGCAGACCACCCCUUCACAAAUGAGAGUGGAGGAGAGGGAAGAGAUAGCGACAAACUUUUCUGCAACAAGAUGCUGUCCCAAACACUUGAAGAAAUGGGCAUAAAGGAAAAAGAUAUCACAAGAGACUAUGUCUUCAUACCCAGUGGCCCAAAUUCCCAUUACGGCUCCCUGGCCACCCUGGCAGCCUCUGAUGAGGAUCUCAGAGGCAGCUACAGUUGGGAUUACUUGCUAAAUUGGGAGCCCAGAUUUAAACCCCUUGCUUCUGUGUUCAGCGAUAUUGCAGAGCUGGAGGAUGAAAGCAUGAAACUGCAUAGUUUUCCUAAGGAGAAGAAAUCAUUCAUUUUUCCUCCUCCGUUGAUUACUUCAAUAGCUCAGCCUGGUUUAAAGACAGUUCCCCCACGGAUGCCUACUUUGUUGCCAGGCCAAGCAUUUAAAAAAUACCCCCGCUCACCCCUCAUCCAUCACUUGAGAUACCCUUCAUCUGUGAUGACUCCCAGUUUUUCUCCUUCUCUGUCUCUCCUUACAAUGCAGACACCAACAACGUCUCCAAUCACCUCACAGUCUGGUCUGAAGGGGAUGUGUCCUGGUCGACUGGCACGUGAACUUUCAACAGAGCAAGAAGUUCAACUAUAGAUUAUUUAUCAUGGAUUUAAAAUAUAAAGUGGACAUCUUGGCUAAAAUAAGUUACCAUAUUUCUUUAAAAAGCAUAGCAUGUCAUGUAUCUUUUUUUUAAUGAACUAAGAAUUCCUUAUUUAGCCAAGCAUUUAACUCCUUAAACAAUUCUCUGAAAAAUGGAUCCUAGGUCAAUCAGGCAUCCUUAUGAGUUUUCUUUACAAAUGGCACUAAAAACUCACAUUUCCUCUGCAAAAAAAACAACAGAUGUUUGCAUUCUGCAUGUUUAAAAUAUAUUGGGAAAUCCCAGGAAGAAUACAACUUUCACAUAAUGCUCACUCUUAAACUCAGGUGAAUUGUAGAGUAUGUAUGAGAUUGAUGAAUGUCCAUGAAGCACGUGGAGAAAGUAUUUUAGCGGGUCUAACACAUACUCUGGUGCUACCAGUCAGGAGCAGACAAUGCCACUUUUGUUCACUGCCUAAAACUACUCUGAUGCCUGAGCCAAGCACAAUUCAACUGGGACAAAAAAGAAAACGCAAACUUGGUGCUAUAUAGUAUUCAAUGCAUGUGGAAGUAUACUUAUUGACGAACACACAUUUGGGAGUGUGCACAUGUGUUGUAUCAAAUCAGCUUAUAUUUGCCAAUACUUUUCUAUUUGUUUUCCUUUUCAUUAUGAUAUAAACAUAAAUGUUUCAGCAUUUAAAUAUACCUUUAUUGCAUCAAUCAGGGUAAGUUAGAACUGAUAUUUAAAGAAUAGGAAGAAAACUUAUAUCUCAUUUUCCAUAGUGCAUUUAGAAGAAUGGUGCUAAGUACAGUAGAGUCUUGCUUAUCCAACAUAAAUGGGCCAGCAGAACAUUGGAUAAGCAAAAUGUUGGAUAACAAGGAGGAAUUAAGGAAAAGCCUGUUGAACGUCAAAUUACAUUAUGAUUUUACUAAUUAAGCACCAAAACAUCAUGUUUUACAACAAAUAAACAGAAAAAGCAGUUCAAUACAGAGUUUCGUUAUGUAGUAAUUGUAUUUAUGAAUUUAGCACCAAAACAGACAAGUGUUCUUUCUUUCUCCCACCCUGGACAUUAUUCCAGGCGGGAGGCAGACUGCAUUGGAUAAUACAGAACGUUAAAUGAGUGAAGGUUGGAUAAGCGAGACUCUACUGUACUAUCUAGAUUAUCUGGAUCCAUGUCUCAAUUGUAUUUUUUGUACGCAUAAAAAAUAAUGGUGAGAGGAUUUUAAAAAAACAUUUCCAGAAAAUAGAAUUUAAAAGGCAUCUAAGAUUACAAAGCAAAGGUGAAUUUCUUAUUAAUGAAGAGAGCUGGUGUGAUAGUUUGGAUUGAUACAUCCAGCAAUAUUAUCUUUGUAGUGGAUCUUCAGUGCAGUUACACUGAUAUUGCCUUAAAUAUCUGGAUCACCGAGUUACCCUCUUUCAGUUUCUCCUCACCAUAGAAACUUUUCAGAGCAGUCAGAGUAAAUCUGGUAAUAGUCCUAUGAAUAUAGCAAGGAUUCUUCUGACCUUUGGAUAUGGAAGAACUUGUACGCUUGGUUCUUUGCUUUCCACAACCACAAUGAGAUCCAGCUGCAUUUCGAUGUCUUUGGAUUAUAGCCAGGAUAUUUUGUUGUACUUUUGGCUUCUUACAGGAAGCAUGAAACAUUAUCAAAGCUUAUAAAGAUCUACUGCACUAAUUUCUCACAUAGCAGUGUUUUGCAUGAUGUGAAAGAAGACAAGCCAAAUGAGCAGCAUUAAUUUAUGGAUUGUGCAUUUGGAAAAAUACAAAUAAAUAUAUAUAUAUGCUUAAGUACGUGCAUGUAGGUAUGUAUACAUGCAUUCAAAUUAAAAAUACAUCCAGAAUUAUAAGGCCAUAAUUGCAGGGGAUGAUAUAUAGAAGUGCAUUACUAAAUAAUGUAAUGGUAUUUCAAAUAUAAUUUUUGUAUUUUCUUUUACUGUGAAAUCUUGGUUAUAUGUCUCUUAUUUUCAGUAUACUGAACUGAAAUACUCAGUGGUUCAUGGCCUCAGGGUUUUCAUUACCAAAAGAAGGAGGCUUGAAAGAGGAUAGCAGAGGAGGAAUUAUCAUAGAGAGAAUCUACACCAAUCCAUUAAACCAGCCCAGACAAUGUUAUUUUCCAUAGUAUUGGUGUUUUGUUGGUGAGAUACAUAGAAUAGUCAAACAGAGAGCUCUGAUCCUAAGUUGGAGGAAUGUCUUUCAUUUCCCAACAUUCCAUAACAUUUAAGGUGUUAUCAAACUGCUGUAUCUUUGUAGUAUGUAUGUAUAUGUUACACACACACAUUAUACAUGCUCCCAAUGUUGUGGAAUAAGACGAGACUUGGUUUUGAAAAGUGGUGUGGAAUAUACAAUAUUGAAGGUCGACCUUCUAGACUUCCCAACUGAAAGUAACUCACAUCUAGAGAGGUAAACCAAAUAUCCAUCAACAAAGAGAAACACGGGUACUCAAGCAGAAUUUUUUUUACAGAGCUUCCAAGGUAUUUUGACCUCUUUUUCAGAAGCAAUAAUAACAUUUAAUCACCCAGUUAAGUCACCCAUCUCUAAACAGUAUUAGAAACAUCAGGCAGCUGUACAAUUGUUAGUAUUUACUAAUAAAUCAGUCCUACUUUG